AUGUUUACUGCCAGAGAAAAAGUUCCGCUUCCUACAGUCAAUGAAGUAGAAGAAUGGAAGGAAACAGAAGAACUAAUAAAUUUUUUGCACAAACAAGACUUAGGACUUAAGGAUAAACAUUUCGAUAUUCUUCGUAAACAAGAAGUUAAUGGCAUAUCCUUCCUUAAGCUAACCUUAGAAAAGCUUUUAGCCUCCCCUUAUGAACUUCCUGGUGGACCAGCAGAAGUAAUAGCAGAAUUAGUAAGUAAAAUCAAUGGCGAAGGACAGG